CUAUCGAGUCUCUCGCGAUACUACCCACGCGAAACACCUUGAAUCCCUCAGUAUACACCUCCACCAGCAGCAGACAUAUUAUUUCGGAAACAACCAAACACACCUGAAGAAAGCAUAAGGGACCUCUCUACCUCUACAACAGAGCCAUUCAGCGCAAACAACCUUCUUCUUUUAAGCUCACGGUCAAAAUGUCCGUUUCAAUUCCCAUCCGUCCUGCAAUCCGUCAUUUCUCUGUCCGCCGUCCUCCACCACACACUCGCACUUCCAGAUUCAUAGCCAGUUCCUGUCUUGUCUCUGCAGUCCUUCUCCCAUUUGUUCCUCCGGCGAUGGAGAGCUUCCGCGAAAAGGACAAGACAUAUUCAAACAAACUGCAUCCACCUCUUUGCUUCCAUGCUCGUUGAAGUGCACAGACUAUGGGGUUUUGACAACUUUCGACAGGGCUACUUUCCC